AUGUCGCACUCGGGUCAAGCCAGCAAGGCCCCGUCGUCGCUGCCCUCGCGACCUCUUCGCACCGCCUCUUCGCCCUCCUACUCUUCCCACGCAGGCGUGGGCGGUCACGAUGACAAGGAAGUUGCCUUCGCCGAGCUUCAGAUGCUCUCUCAGAACCAGCGAAAGCUGGCCACGCUCACCAGUCGCAUGACCACCAUCCUCUCCGGCUUCGACAAACGCCUCAUCAAGCUCGAGGGCAGUAUCUUACCCAUCCACAAAGGGACACAGAAACUGGCCCGCAUGUCCGACAACAUUGACCUCACCUUGGCCGCGCUCAACAAGACCCUAGGUCACUACGACGUCGUCAUCGACGAACAGCCGCUGCUCAAACAGGGUCCCGAUGCCAGAGACACACGGCCCUACAUGGACACGAUUGACCGCGUCAUCAAGGGGCUCAACUACCUGCAAAAGUCCAACCUCCAGAGCCAAGAAGGUGUCAUGAAGCGCAUGAACGACCUCAUCGAACUCGGCGCCCGCAACUUGUGCGAUGUCAUCUCGAAUUGGGUGCGCGCAGACUCGGAAGCUGUCGACCUGUACGAAUACAUCCGCAACGCACACUACCCCGUGCUCUCCGAAGCGACACACAACGCCAUCGUACCCAUCCUGAACUACCUCUCCACGCUGCCGCAGCAUCCACGCACCGGAUACGCACCCCUUUCAGCUGGUUUUGCUGCAUAUGCCUCGGUACGAAGCAAGUAUCUCACGCAAUGUCUCACUCCCUUGGCAGCCGCCAUGCAGCAGCACGCGCUCGAAAAGAUUGGCACCGGUGCCAGCGCUGCAGGUAUGGUCAUGGUCACGCACGACGACGAUUCGGACCACCACUCGGCCUACCGUCGAGGCCAGGCUGGCGCCGUCGAGCUGUUUGAGGCAUACUAUGGCAUGCUUGACAACGAGUACCGUGUCCUCCAAGGACUUCUUUCUUCGGCGGAGUUGAGCCAAGAGACGCUCCUGCUUGCGUCGGCCUUUUCACAGCUGGUGGCGCAAUCGCUUACGGACCUCAUCGAGUCGUUGAGCACAGUACAGUCGCAUGUGCGCCGCCACCUGGCCACCCACACGUCUUUCCUGCUCGAUUUGAUCGGCGCUCUCUCUGCAAUCAUAUUGACGGGCCGAUGGGACGUGCUCAUCCGCUCCAUGGAGGAUUCACCAGAAGCACCACUGCAUAGCACCUUCCCCAUCGACAAGGCCGAACUCGACCUGCACGCGGGCUUCGCACCCGCAGCUGAGCUUCUCGAGAUCUACAACAAGCUGAAAAACACGGCCAUCGGCAUUUUCCCGCGCUUUAUCGAAGACGUCAAAGCCAUUCCGUCGCGCAAAGUUGCUGAAGUGCCCAGCACCUCGGUCAACGAGAUCACCUACUUGGGGCUCCAAUUCGUUCGGCAGAUCACAGAGUACAGCGACGUCGUCUCGCCGCUGCUGCACACGCUCGGCAACGGCAACUGGAUGAUGUCGAGCGGUGUUGCACCCGUGCUCUCGCUCGGGCUCGAUAGCGAUGCGAGCAAGCAGUCCAUCGUCGGCGACUACCUCAACGACGUGGUCGCUGUUGUGCUCACUUCGCUCGAAGCUCGCUCUCGUGCCAUCCGUCAACCUUCGACGGCAUCCGUCUUCCUGCUCAACAACAUUGGGCACCUCCGACGAACGUUGGCAGCGCCUUUGCCGAGCUAUCUGGGUGCCGGCGAGGAUGGAAGUAGCGCUUCGAUCGUUUCGCUGCACCUGGGGGAGAUGGGCGAGGAUCUGCUGGGUACAGCCUUGCGACAGGCGAAUACGGCGUACCUCGAUGCUUGGUCGCCUGUCGUCGCGCCGCUGAUGGAGGACCAGCCGCUGAAUGCGAACUACCAUCGUCACGCUACGUCCAAGCUGAUCGGCGUAGGGUCGGGAAGCGAAAAGAACCAGGUCAAGGAUCGGUUCGCCAAGUUCUACGAAGCGCUUGAGGAUUUGGAGCGGCUCCAUCGGGCAUAUCCGGUCAGCAAGGAGGAUCACGAGCUCAAGGACAGGCUCAGGCGGGACGUAACACGGCUUGUGUGCCCCAUGUAUGGGCGCUUCUUGACCAAGCACAAGGCGAGUGACUUCACAAAGAAUCCGAGCAAGCACAUCCGCAUGACCGAACAGGAGGUCGAGGAGAAGAUCGCCAGCCUCUUCCGAUGA